GUAUCGGUGUUUGCAGCCUUGUGAGACUGCCCCCUCGCACAAACCAUUGCCUGUGGGUACAGCAAGGCUGCAGAAAGCAACCCAAAGAAUGAAAAGGCGUGACUUCUGGAGCAACAGGAGCUUCACGUGCGAUGUUCUUUGGACAGGAUCCUGCUUUCCACGGAGGUGGUGCCCCAUUUUCCGUGGCUAUCACCUUUCUUGAGGCAGGUAGAGAAAAAAACCUUGCAGCUGGAUAUUGUUUGCAGCAGGAGAAGCUCUUCCUGCCGGGCACUAUCAGCUGUCACAGUAACAUCUAUCAUUUUGCUCUUACCCCCUCACUCGUACUACUUUAUUUUAAAAAUUAAUUCCCUCAUUUGUCGCUCACAUUAUCUCCAGAAAUGUCUGUCGAAGCCUGUUGAGUACCCCCCUCUUUUGGAGGCUUGAAGUCAAACCCUGCUUUUAACUCAAGUUUGUCUUCUGUCUUUGCAACACAAUUAGAUAAUCGAUACGAGUAAUCAAUGGUAAAGAGAUGAUACGGGUACAAGAGGCAUUGGUCUAGUCAGUCAAUAAUCUAUCUCAGCUGUAGGUCAAAUAGUCUUGUGAAAAACUUCCACCACUUCAGCUGUUGCAGACCAGCUGAUGAUGCCACAUUCACUAUCUUUCAACGUCAACCACGUGCAGCAGUCCUCAUCUGUUCAGUACUUCAGUGUGCUGCUGUGAUUUAUGAACAGUGUCAUUCAUAAGCUGCACAUUUCUCCGGGGGAUUCUCUUCUCUGUUGGAAGAUGAUUUUUUGUUAAUCACAUUUUAGAUUUAUUGAUGUUCUCUUGUGAGGGUGAGGCAGGAAUGGCACAGAAUUCUAUUGUAUAUAAUAUUGUAAAAAGUCAUGUUCAUAUGGCAACUCAUUUCAAGGAAUCGCAUUAAACCCUAACAUGUGGGCAUAUGUCUACUAUUAUUAAAUGCUUUUACUUCAUUUUGUCUGACGUAGAUUUCCAAAGUGAUAAAUUACACAAGUGUGUCCAGUAUCUAUCUAUCUAUCUAUCUAUCUAUCUAUCUAUCUAUCUAUCUAUCUAUCUAAAUGUAGCACAAACAGUAAGGACAUUUGUGUUAGGUGCAUUAUUUGCUGUGCAACAAUGCCUCUUGGUAAUUAAUCUCAUACCAUUGGAAAGUAUGUUUAUUUCCCUUUUAAAUGGUGCCACAUUUUUAAAGAAUAUGCAUUUGUGGGAUGAGCAGCAGAGUUGGGUAUGUGGAUUGCACCCAUGAAGUAUGUUCCACAUCUUCUCUGCCAAUUCCAAACAGCUUAUUCUGCUAUCAACUCUAGUUUUGGGCUUCUGGGACAAUCUGACAAUCAGGUGCCUGCAGUCCUGACCUCAGCCCUUAUUAGGACUUAUUAGGGCUUAAGCUUGGACGUGCUGUUCUGCCAGAGUGACCAACACAACCACAUUGGCUGACUGGUUGAAAAAUGGGAUGCCAUCCAACAGCAGUGUGUGAGGAGGUGCCAGGCUGUUGUGGCUGCUGUGUACAGUUCUUCAUUACUACUACUGAGGCCCCUUUUGUUAAAUGAAUAAAUUGUUAAAUUCCCAAUAUGUCUUAUUUCUUCAGACUUCAGUCAUCCAAUCCAAUAAACGACACCAAGCAAGAGUCAAUAGCAGAAUAAGCUUUUUGGCAUCGGCAGAGAAGGUUUGGAAAGUUUUUCAUUGGUGCAAUCCACAGUCAACUCUGCUGCUCAAUCUACAAAUGCAUUUUCCUUACAAAUGUUACACUAUUUAAAAGAGAAUACACAGACUUUCCAACUGUAUAAGAUUAAUUGCCAAGAAGCAAUUAUGAAAUAAUCACAAAUUUCCUUACUUUUUGUGCAAAGUUAAGAUCGAUAAACCAUGGGGUGGAGUAGACUGAAAACUUUUAUUAUACAGUGUAACUUUUUACGAGUUCUUAAAAAAUAAUAACUUAUAUACUUUUAAAACAAAGUUUUAUUGUGCUAGAAUGUCUGUAACGCGAAAUGUAAUAAAAUAUGUAAUAACGAUUCUCACUCAUGCUGUGAGUAAGAGGAUCAGCAUAAAAAGACUGGCAGAGAGAACUGUUUUAUUUAUUUAAAACCUCAUGUAUCUGCUGUGCUACAGGGAUUUUCUUUAUUCAUCUUUUUUUGUAUAAUAUCAUGUACAUGCCACAUGUGACAUAUAAUGCAGUGUAUGUAAAACUGAGCUGGAGUUUUUUGAUUAAAAUUAAUGAAACAAAAGUCAAUGAGAAUAUGCUUUUUUAAAAAUGAGACUUUAGAGGAGAUUUGUACGAAGAUAGUGAGUUGUAGGCCACAUUUAGUGACACGUCGGGAUGUUUGUAACACGUACUAUGGCCCUGCUGGAGGAUCACAGCCAAUCAGUUGUACAGUCGACAAGCAGAUUGCAGAUAUAAUCCAGAGCCAGACUGUUCAAUGCUUUAAAACAAGUAUAAAAUCAAGUCUGGAACCCACAGAUACCCAGUGAAGGUUUGGUGCAGUGUGGUGUGGUCACUUCUCUUUUCAGUUUGUGUUAAAGUCUUAGCAUUAGUUAUUUGUAUAAGUUGUAAUCUUUGUAUGUUUGGCUUCCUGAUACCAGAAUAAAGUGCAGUGCAAAAAUGGAAUCUGUACAAGAUAAUUAGAUGGUGAGAGCUGAUGGUGACAAGGCCUCUGAGUCACUCUGAGCUGGUUUAUUACAGGUUUCUGCACGAUAGCUACACAACCAGUCACCUAACAUUGUGUUCCCAGCUGAUUCUUUCAUGUUUAUUAUUUUAAAAACCCAACACAAUGUGCAGCUGUCUCCACAGACAAUGUGAGCUACAGCCUGCCAACAGGAUUCAACUCAGGCUGAGUUUUCUCGGGGGGGAAGUGGAGCCAGAGCUGAUCCACACCUCAGAGGAAUCAUAUGGAGGGAUCAGCGACCAGCAUCAGCCUCAAGAUGAGAGGAAUGCGGCGCAGACGAGAACCUUCACCAGGUGGAUGAAUGUGUUUCUGCAGAGAUGUGACCCUCCACUUGAAGUGCACAACCUGUUCACAGACAUUCAGGAUGGCAGAAUACUCAUGGCCCUGCUGGAGGAGCUGUCUGGCUGCAAAUUACUUUACAGGUUUCGGUCGUCUUCACACCGCAUUUUCAGACUCAACAACAUUUCCAAGGCCCUGGCUUUCCUGGAUGAUAGACACGUGAAGCUGCUUGGCAUUGAUGCCUCCAGUAUCGCUGAUGGAGUUCCUUCUGUUGUUCUUAACCUCAUCUGGAACAUCAUCCUUCACUUCCAGGUAAAGAAGUUGACGACGGGCCUUCGGAGGUGUUUGCCUUCCAGCCUCUCGUCUUUACCAGAGAGCAGUUACUCCCCCUCCCCUGACCUCUCUCUGCAGCCAGAUGAUGUUGGCAGCUACUCCUGCAACACCUUGCCAAGCAAAAGCAGAAAGGCUGCCAACGAGCCAAAGUACCACGGAAAAGCUAUCAAGACUCUUCUGCAGUGGGUCCAAAGAUGCACAUCAAAGUUUGGGGUGGAGGUAAAUGACUUCGGGAAGAGCUGGAGAAGUGGUCUGGCAUUCUUAGUUAUGAUUAAGUCGAUAAACCCAGACUUGAUUGACCUGAGGGAGAGUCUGUCCAUAGAACCACAGGAAAACAUUCAGCAGGCCUUCACCAUCGCCCAUCACUGUCUGAAUAUAACGCCUCUGCUGGAGCCUGAAGACGUGACACAGACGUCACCAGAUGAGCAGUCCAUCAUCACUUACGUGUCCAUGUUCCUGGGGCACUGGUCAGACACAGACGAGGAUCCUUUGAUGGAUACUGAGGUUCCUGAGAUCCCUAACUUUGGCUCUCUUGAGUCAGUCAGCCUUGGAGACACCUGUGCUGACAGCGCAGAGGCUCAAGCUCUGCUCAGAGGUUUGGAGAAGAGCAGUGAGCAGCUCCUGUGGAGGCAGUGGUCCACAAGAUCCUCGGGGAGCGCACGUGCCUCCUCGCUCCACACGAAGGAAGCGGUUUCAUCUGACCUCUCCCCCAGCGACAGUGACGCCCUCUCAUCUCGUCAUGGCCAAAAUAUCACUGAGCAAUCUGCAGCCAGUGCUGCCACCUCACCUUUCCCCAACAAGAGAGGAAGGUGUCGAGGCAUUUUGCAGCCGCCCAGUCCAAUGGAUGCAAGGAUAGUCAGCCCGGAGAUCCGAUCAUGGAUGGAAAAAGGGUCAGAUCAGGUCAACAGCAAGCCAAGAGUUAACUUUUCUUUGAGUUCAGAGGAAGGGAUCUACAGCUUAUCAGUGCUGGACUCAGACGAGGAGGAGGCCUACAGCUACAUCCUGGAUCUGAACAAAGAGGUUUUCCAGCCAUAUAAUCAGCCAAAGAGACAAGUAGCAAGAGUGGAAGAGGAGACAGUGGAAGAAAUGUAUGCAGAGUCAAAGUCCUCGGAGGGAAGUGGGAUGUUAAAUGGUCAGGAAGCCCCCUCUGUGCAAAAGACAGAUUCGGAUCUUGAAUCUGCAGUCAAGGCCCAGUCUCUGUCUCACAGGAAGUUUGAUUUGGACACAAGAGGAAAUAGUUCCAGAGCGAUGACAAACAAUAGACUUGUGUUUGAUGUGCAGCAAGAAGAUGAAAGCACGAGCAAAGAGGAACCAGGGGAGGAGAGAGUUGUUAGAGGGCAGAUUAAUGAUUCUGGUGAUUCUGUUGACAGAGAGAAGGAGGAGGAGACAGAGGAUGCUCAGCCGGUGACACAUGGAAAUGAUAAAGCAGAGGCUCCAGAUAAAAGAGAAAAAGCAGAGAUUUAUAAAAUUUCUCGCUGGCAGAAUGAGGUUGAGAAAGAGACUGUCAAAGAAGUUGUUGUAAAAAAUGUGCAAGUGAAUAAGAAGAGGGGAGUUAAUGAAGAGGAAGAUGAACAUUCAGCAUUUGUGAAAGGGCAGGACAGACAAGAAGAGGGUAAUAUUAUGAAGGAAGAAAAGGGAAUUCAAGAAAGCUUUGUGGUUAAAGAGGGUUUUGUGGCAAAUGAUAAAAUAUUAAGUGCCGAGGUUGUAUGUGAAGAAGACGAAGUAGAAGAGGGAAAAAAGAACCAGAAAGACACUUUUCCCCAAACAGAAGCUUUAGCCAAGAACAAACAGGAGUACACAGUCAAAGUCACACGAUCAAUGGACUUUACAACAGCAGAAGAAAAAGACACAGAACUGAAGAUUAGGAAGUGUAAAAUAACUGAAGAGACGACAAGAACCAAAGAUCAUCUGGAGGGAACGACCUCAGACAGUGGCACUGAUGGAGUUGUCAUUCCUGCUGGUGAUAACAGCAGCAGAACAACAAGCUCUCACUCAUCCAGUGGUGAGGGAGGAUUCAUUCUUCAGUCCUCUGCAGCCUCCUGUGACAUAACCCCAUUAGAGCUGCAAAUUCUCUUAGCCCUGUGGAUCCUGCUCUACUGCUGCUUCAUCCUGCCUGAAAUGAACCUCUGAGGCCCCCUGCUGUAAAGCCUUCUUAUUAAGCUAUGCUUAUUAGCCCAGUUUCCACUAAUGAGCCAAACAGGGACACUUAGGGCUGCGUUGACUCUUUAUCUGUGUCACUAAAUUUCCCUCAAGGCAAAAUUUAAUGAUUAUGUUUGCCUCUUGCUGCCAGCAGAUAUAAUUUGUCACUUGGGCUAUAGUCUCAGAUAAACACACUGUUUUCUGUUGUCGCACAGAUUUUCAGCUGCCCGCUCACACACUGCACACAUGUUGUUUUUUGUGUGUUUUUGCUGAACACACGUCCAAGAUGCUUUAGUUUAUUUGCUUUAAUGGCAGAAUUGCUCCACAUGGUGGCACUGCAGCAUCACAGCGGGACAUGUCUGGCAUGACGGACUGUCUAUAUAGCAGUUUGCUGCCUGCUGGGUAUUCCAUAUAGGGCUUGUUGUUUAAUUAGAAGCUGUGUUGACACGGUGAGAUUAGGCUCAUAAUAUUUAAUGAGCACUUUGACAUUUCUUAGACUCACUUGCUGUGUUGAAGUAAAAGUUCACCAACAAUCCAGACAUUUUCUCUGACAUUUUUAUGACUUUUGUGAUAAAUGAUAAAGCAGGCGCUUGCUCUGUAUUAUAUCGCUCCUGGUUCCGUCGUAUAAAACAAUACUGUGUUCAUAGGAUUUUACUUUGUGAAGCACAUUAUGAUGGAAAACCUCAAUGUGCACCGUAAAGGUCCAGUGUGUAAGAAUUAGUGACAUCUAAAGGUGAGAGUGUAAGAAACAGAAGAGCAUCAGUGUACUUUGAAUUAGAUCCCUGCGUUGGAGCCUGAGGGGCCCGACAGCUCGAGGGCCGGGCUUCAUUCCAAUUACCACACCAUUACCUCGGACUCUGAUCGGACUCUGGCUUUUUUUUUUUCCACUGAGAAAAGAUGUGUUUGUGUUUCAACUUCAACCAAUUUAAACGGCGACAGCUCCCCCUCCCCCGCUCCCCCAGAUACAUCAAUAAUGUCAUCAAUACAACAUCAGUGAAGAAGUUUGGAGAUGGCGAAAUUAAUACAAUAGAGAACUAGAGGGGAAAGGCUAAUAAUCUAUUUAACAACCCAAAAAAUGCUUCAAACACUUUUCUAAAUAAACUUAAUAUUGAAGGAAAUUAAAUAUACCUACUUAAUUUAAAGUGUCCUGAUAAGGUCAGAGGUCUUUGACUGCACCUGUGCAUCAAGUCUCAGUCAUUAAGUUAAAUAAAUGAAUUGCCUAUUUAA